AUGUCAACUGUGAUAUUUGAAUUGGAUGAUCUUUCUCCUGAAGGCUUCAGACAUGAGAAUGCUUCCAGCUCAGAUUUUACUAUAACCUGUUUGACUGAACUCUCUGAUGAUUCAAGUCAAUUGAAACUUCAGUAUUCCCAUUCUGUCCCUGCUGGCCUGCAAAAAUUGUGCUUAUCUCAUCGUGGUCUUCAGAAGAAUGUGUGGGCCGCUAAAGACAAAUACAACGAAGGUAUGAAUAUAAGCAAGAGUGAGAUAACGAAAGAAACGUCAUUAAAACCGUCUCGGAGAUCUCUGCCUUGCCUUGUCCACAGCUACGCAUACUCAAAGAGUUUAAGCCAAUCUACCUCGCUGUUCCAGUCGAUUGAGAGUGAAUCUCAGCCUCCCACCUCUGUGACCUUAAUCUCUGCCGACAAAGUAGAGCAAGUUAACAGUGAAGAAAAUAAAAAAGACUCUGUACUCACAUGUUCUUUUGCUGACCUCAGCGAUUUUUGCUUGGCCCUAGGAAAAGAUAAGAAUUACAUGGAUGAUUCGGAACAUGCUACUUAUGACAGAUCUCGUCUCAUUGAUGAUAUUAUCAAAGAUAAAUCUGAAUCCAAGAUAAAAUUGUCUAAGAAUGACAUGAAUUACAUAGCAUCCAGUGGACCUCUAUUCAAAGAUGGCAAAAAGCGAGUUGAUUACAUCCUGGUUUAUAGAAAGACAAAUAUACAAUAUGACAAAAGAAACACAUUUGAAAAGAACCUCAGAGCAGAAGGUUUGAUGUUGGAGAAGGAGCCAGCUAUUGCAAGCCCUGAUAUCAUGUUUAUUAAAAUUCACAUUCCAUGGGACACACUGUGCAAGUAUGCAGAGAGGCUGAAUAUCAGGAUGCCCUUCAGGAAAAAAUGCUAUUACACUGACCGGAAGAGCAAAUCAAUGGGCAGGGUACAAAGUUAUUUUAGAAGAAUCAAAAAUUGGGUAUCUGAAAACCCAAUGACCCUUGACAAAUCAGCUUUUCCAGACCUAAAGGAGUCAGACUGCUACACUGGGCCCUUCAGCCGUGCACGGAUUCACCACUUCAGAAUAAACAAUAAGGACACAUUCUUCAGCAAUGCUACUCGAAGCAGGAUAGUCUAUCACAUGCUGGAGCGCACCAAAUAUGAAAAUGGGAUAUCAAAAGUGGGUAUUGGUAAACUUAUAAGCAAUGGCUCGUAUAUAGCAGCGUAUCCUCCACAUGAGGGAGCCUACAAGAGCACACAGCCCAUCAAAACCCAUGGCCCUCAGAAUAACAGACAUCUGUUAUAUGAACGCUGGGCACGCUGGGGAAUGUGGUAUAAGAAUCAGCCUCUGGAUUUAAUCAGGCUCUACUUUGGUGAGAAGAUUGGACUAUACUUUGCUUGGCUGGGAUGGUAUACUGGAAUGCUGAUUCCUGCUGCCAUUGUGGGCCUGUGUGUUUUCUUAUAUGGAUUAUUUAGAAUGAAUGAAAGUCAAGUAAGCCAACAAAUUUGUAAAGCCACUGAAAUCAUCAUGUGCCCUCUGUGUGACAAGAACUGCUCACUGCAAAGACUCAAUGACAGCUGUGUCUAUGCCAAGGUGACAUAUUUGUUUGAUAAUGGAGGGACAGUCUUCUUUGCUAUAUUUAUGGCAAUAUGGGCCACAGUCUUCCUGGAGUUUUGGAAAAGGAGACGAAGUACACUGAUCUACGCUUGGGACCUUAUCGAAUGGGAAGAAGAUGAGGAAACACUUCGUCCCCAGUUUGAAGCAAAGUAUUACAAAAUGGAGACAGUAAAUCCCAUCACAGGAAAACCUGAACCACAUCAGCCUUCUUCAGACAAAAUCACUCGUCUUCUUGUUUCUGUCUCAGGCAUAUUCUUCAUGAUUUCUCUGGUGAUCACUGCAGUGUUUGCAGUAGUGGUGUAUCGCCUUGUUGUCAUGGAACACUUUGCAUCAUUUAAGUGGAAUUUCAUCAAACAGUACUGGCAGUUUGCAACAUCUGGUGCUGCUGUCUGUAUCAAUUUUGUAAUCAUUAUGUUGCUAAAUCUCGCUUAUGAAAAAAUUGCUUACCUCCUGACUAAUUUAGAAUAUCCUCGAACAGAAUCUGAAUGGGAAAACAGCUUUGCCCUGAAGAUGUUCCUCUUCCAGUUUGUCAAUUUAAACAGUUCCAUUUUCUAUAUCGCUUUCUUUUUGGGGAGAUUUGUAGGCCACCCAGGAAAGUACAAUAAACUUUUUGACCGGUGGAGACUGGAGGAAUGUCAUCCUAGUGGCUGUUUGAUAGACCUCUGUCUCCAGAUGAGUGUUAUCAUGUUUUUGAAGCAAAUAUGGAACAACUUUAUGGAACUGGGAUACCCGUUGAUCCAGAACUGGUGGUCACGACAUAAAAUCAAGCGUGGAGUACAAGAUGCUUCCAUACCUCAGUGGGAAAAUGAUUGGAAUCUGCAGCCCAUGAACCUUCAUGGACUGAUGGAUGAAUAUUUAGAAAUGGUUUUACAAUUUGGUUUUACCACCAUCUUUGUUGCGGCUUUUCCUCUGGCCCCUCUUUUGGCUUUAUUAAACAAUAUCAUUGAAAUCAGGCUGGAUGCAUACAAAUUUGUCACCCAGUGGCGGAGGCCUCUGCCAGCCCGAGCAACUGACAUAGGUAUCUGGCUUGGAAUUCUUGAAGGAAUUGGUAUAUUAUCUGUGAUCACCAAUGCGUUUGUAAUUGCUAUUACAUCUGAUUACAUCCCACGUUUUGUCUAUGAAUACAGAUACGGUCCCUGUGCAAAUAAUGCAGAACACAGUGACAAUUGCUUGCAGGGAUAUGUCAACAAUAGCCUAUCCUUCUUUGACCUGAGUGAGCUUGGUGUGGGAAAAUCUGGCUAUUGCAGGUACCGAGACUACAGAACCCCCCCUUGGAGUUCCAAACCCUAUGAGUUCACCUUACAAUACUGGCAUAUCCUUGCUGCUCGAUUGGCCUUCAUUAUUGUGUUUGAGCACCUUGUCUUUGGGAUUAAAUCAUUCAUCGCAUACCUGAUUCCAGAUGUACCAAAGGGCCUGUAUAACCGAAUACGACGGGAGAAGUACCUAGUCCAAGAAAUGAUGUAUGAGGCCGAAUUAGAACAUUUGCAACAAGAACGGAGGAAAAGUGGUCAACCUGUUCAUCAUGAAUGGCCUUAG